AGCUUCGCAGCCGCCCAGCGCCUGGCCAGCCUCCGCCCCGCCCCGGACCCCGCCAGGUUUCGAUUCCGUGGGAGCCGCGCGGUUCCGCCCUGCGGGGGCGCGAAUGGAGGGCGCUGGGGCGCGGAGCACGACCCCCGGGGGGCUCGGCUGUGCGGGGCCCGAGGAGGCGCGCGGCUGGCUUUGCCCGGAACAUAGCGACCGCCCCGCGGAGCUCUUCUGUCGCCGCUGCCGCCGAUGCGUGUGCGCGCUGUGCCCGGUGCUGGGCGCGCACCGCGGCCACCCGGUGGGUCUGGCGCAGGAGGAGGCGGCCCACGUGCAGAAACUCAUCCAAGAAUGUUUACAGCAACUGGAGACCAAGAAGCAGCAUCAAGUUGGCAACAUCACCCAGAUAGAAGAUGCAGCUGAGAAGCUCAAGGCUCACGCAGAGUCAAGUAAAACCUGGCUGACGGACAAAUUCACUGAACUCAGAUUACUACUUGAUGAAGAGGAAAUGCUGGCCAAAAAAUUCAUUGAUAAAAACAUGCAGGGGGCCCUCCAGGUGUACAGGGAGCAAGUGGAGUCUUGCAGGAAGCAGAUUGACGUCAUGGGCAGUCUCUCCAGCAGGGUCUGGGGUAUCAGCCAGGAGCCCAACCCUGUUCAACUGCUGCAGGGUCCUCAGUUUCCCUCCUGGGACAUGGUCUCCUGCUCUAUCCUGUGGACAAGCCCCAGGGACUCCUCCUUCAGGAAGACUGGCCUCUCUUUCUGGGGCCCUGUGCCUGAGGCCUACACAGCCACUGAGCAGGAGAUGAAGCAGCACGCGAGCCUCGGGGAGCUGAGCCACCCCGUGCCCCUGUCCUUCGAGCCCAUCAAGAGUUUCUUUAAGGGCCUUGUGGAAGCCAUGCAGAGUACGUUUCAGACACCACUAGAUGUUCGCCUGAAGGAAAACAUCAACUGCCAACUCUCAGGCUCCUCCAGCACCACACUUGGGACCCUGCUGAAAACGAGCCCCUCACCAGAGAGAUCGCUCUUCUUAAAAUACGCGCGCACGCCCACGCUGGAUCCCGACACGAUGCACGCACGCCUGCGCCUCUCUGCCGACGGCCUGACGGUGCGCAGCAGCUUGCUGGGCCGCCUGGGGCCGACUCCCGCGAUGCGCUUCGACGCGUUGUGGCAGGUGCUGGGUCGCGACUGCUUCGCCGCCGGCCGCCACUACUGGGAAGUGGACCUGCAGGAGGCGGGCUCCGGCUGGUGGGUGGGCGCCGCCUACCCCUCCCUGCGGCGCCGCGGGGCCUCGGCCACUGCCCGCCUGGGCUGCAACCGCCAGUCCUGGUGCCUCAAGCGCUUCGACUUGGAAUACUGGGCCUUCCACGAUUGCCAGCGCUGUCGCCUGAGGCCCCGCGAUGACCCCGACCGGCUGGGCGUCUUCCUGGACUACGAGGCUGGCGUCCUCGCCUUCUACGACGUGACGGGCGGCAUGAGCCACCUGCACACCUUCCGCGCUGUCUUCCAGGAGCCGCUGUACCCGGCCCUGCGGCUCUGGGAAGGGGCCAUCAGCAUCCCCCGGCUUCCCUAGGGACCACCGCGCAGUGAGCCCCAGGCGCGCUUGUCCCUGGCGCAGCUGGUCUGCUUUCUAAGACCUUCUCCCGGGCCUAGCUCCCCCAUCAGUGGGUUGCUUUGAACCUCUUCCGGGGCUAGUUUCAAACGUGUCCCCAACACUGCUGCUGCCCUUUCCCCCACCACCAUGGCUUCCACUACACUACUUUCAGUGCAGGUUUCUGAAGGGGGCGUACCCACAGGCGAGCUUUGGCAUUCUGGCUUUGUCAGUGCAGUUGUGCUCAGCCAGAGAACCGUCUUCAUACAGCGCCUAGACCCUCCUGGCACAUAGUUAGCACACAGUAAAUAACCGCCUGAGAGUGGCACAGCGGUGGCUCUUCUGUUCCUUAAGCUCCUUUGAUCUGCCUGCUCUCCACCUACUUCAGCUUGUCCAUGUCACCUCCCUUCAGAACAACUGCAAGGGCUUUUUACUUCCUGGUCUGAACCCUCUCUCAUCUUCAUCUUAAAACUAGAGGGAUCUGCCUAGAACUCCCAAGAACUACAAAAAUGAAAAACAAAACGCACCUUCCCUUAGCAUUCAAGGCUUUUCUAGUCUGCCCUCCUCGGCUUAGCCUCAUGCAGGUCCUGUUGCUCUUUUCAAAGAGGCUCCAGUCGGAACUGUCAGUUCUACCUCUGCCUCUGUGCCACCCUACCCCACCCCCACCCCACCCCACAUGCGCAGGAAAAGCCUUUCUUCUCUUUGCCUGUCUCAGUCUUCUCAGCCCACAAGAAUCUCUUACUGUAAGGUCCACAAAUCUGGGACCUGUGUUUCCAGCUUGACUGGAAGCUUUCUAAGGGCAGCUGUGUCCUAUAUGCACCCUGACCUGAAAAGUUUACAAAGUCCCUUUCCUCCCAGGCAAUGAAUGAAUGACCAGCAGGCUGCUACCACUCACUCAGAAUGGCCAAGCUGGGAGGACCUCACAGAUCAACUUGAUCUCAUUGUACAUUUGGGGAGACAGGUUCUGAAAGCAAGAGCUGCCUUAAGUUACCCACAGUGACUUAGGUUUGGGCCAGUCUUGGAGCCCAGAUCAAAAACCCCCUCACCAGCCACCAAGCAAGUCUAAAAUGGUCCCUACCUAACCCUUCAGGCCAGGAUUUCAACCUGGGAGAUUUGACUGUUAUCUCAGGGGAAGGAUCAGCAGGUGAUUUGCUAAGCAACCACAGGUAUUUUUCCCAAUUGUCUUAGGAGAAAAACUGGGAUUUGGGUAGUUUUAGAUAUGCUCCACAUAGAUUGCCUAACUCAGAUGUGACCAAGGAAACCCCCAAAACCCAUUUUUUUUUAAAUAAAGUGACCAAGAGAAAAGGCCAAAGGCCAGGCCCUCAGAGGCCAGCUCCUCCAGCAGAGAAAGGUGGCAUCUUCCCAGGGCCCGCACCUAUUUUGGAGCUCAGCAUUCUGACUGUCAGUUCCCAUGCUGGUUUUGAAGCUCUGAUGGUGCUAAAGCAUAUUCUCUCGCUUUUCAUUUGGGGAUGCAGUAUCUGAUCCCCUUGUGGUUUAAACAGACUGUAUGCAUUCAUUAGUUUGAACCAUAUAAAACAGUCAAGUUCCAAUGAUUUGGGGCUUUAAAAUGGUACUUUAUAUAGCAAUAUAAGUUGACUACAAGGCAGAAGGAAUCAAAGUGCCUUCAGUUCUAACCAAAUAAUUGAAACCUCCACCUGAAUAGAUGACUAAGCACUGUGUUCUAGAAAUCUUGAGUAAAGAGAAAACUGAAAUAGGGAAUGGCCCAAGGCUGAAUUCUGACAGGCAGACAACAUUCCUGACAGAUGUGUACUUCACAUUUCCACCCAACCCUGAAGACCAACAUGUCUUCCCAGACCCAUCGCUACAGGGGCAAAGCCAUGACAGCCCUCAGAUUUGCCUUGCAACUCGCCUCAUCUGAGCCUUAUAUAGUGUGGAAGGCAGCAGUUAGUUACCCCAUUUAUACAUGGCAAAAUAGAAUGAGUUAGUUGCUCAAAGUCACAGAACUAGUGUUGGAGUAGGGGGUCUGGGCUCCUGUCCAUCAGGACGUACUGUUCAGGGUGGAUGCAGCUGGUCACUCCAGCUCCUCUGUUGUUGAGCUGACUGUGAUGCUUUGCUCUCACCUGGUUCUAUGUGGGACCUGAAUCUGCCUUUGGAUUGCAUUCCUUGGGUUGAGAUGAGGCUUUCAACCUUGAGGGGACUUGUUUUGAGAGCUUGGGAUUUAGGUAGCAGAGAUAGAGAUGAACUAUAAAACAGGAGAACAGCUGUGAGCCAAGGCCCAUACUAGUGAGAAAACUGCAGCGGCAGCCCAUAAUCAACCAUGUGAUCUUGGACCAUUUUACUUCCCAUAGCCUUAUCUGUAAAAGGGGAUAAUGACCCAAACUACCAAUGAGUCAAGGUUAUGAAAUUGCCUUAAAAAUUGUGCAGUGCUACAUCAUGCUAGGCUUUAUUAGCACUUCCCCUGGGAAUUUAUUGUGCCCCUGCUGCAGUGCUGAGACACGUCAGGCCCAGCCACUAUGUGGCAGCAGCGGGAGCCCCUCCUGGAUACUCUCAGCACAGGAAUGAAGCUUUCCUUGGGUCCACAUCCAUAAGGGUGAUCAUGUGCCUUAAUCUCUUCCAGAAUUAAAUUUGUAGAAAUUUCCUUAUUGAUGCAGCAAAUUGCUUACAGUUUAUUCCCCUGUGGUUCUGAAGAUCCAGUCCAGAUCCUCUCACAAAUGCCAGGCAAGCACUCUACCGCUGAGCUACACCCCAGCCCAGUGGAUAUUUUUAAAUGACAGCAAUUUUCUAAUGUGGUUUGUUUUAAUAAUGUAUUUUUUUUUCUUGGCCCUGGGGAUCAAACCCAGGACCUGACACAUGCUAGGCGAGUGUUUAACCACUGAGUUACAGUGGUUUUGUUUAAUAAAAUCUGAAUUUUGUCAGUUGCAA